CGUCGUCUGUAAAGACAGAGAGAGAGGGGGGGGAGGAGGAGGACCAGAUUUAAAAAUAUGAGAUUAUGACCGGGUCGCUUUUAUAACCCGCAGGACAGCGGUCUGUUUCGAUCGCUUUGGGGUUUUUUUCUCCCUCCCGCUCUGUUUCUCGGAUUGAGGUGUAUGAGGAGCGGCGGAGAAAAGCGGUGUACCUUGCUAAGGUAGCGAAGGAAGGGGAAAGUCAAAGGGGGCUGUUGGUGGAUAUUUGGAGAAGGAAAACAACAUGGCUGCUGUGGAGCUGGAGUGGAUUCCUGAGACCCUGUACAACACCGCGAUAUCAGCCGUGGUGGAUAAUUACAGUCGGUCGCGACGGGAUAUCCGCUCACUUCCUGAAAAUAUCCAGUUUGACGUUUACUACAAGCUUUACCAGCAAGGCCGGCUUUGUCAGCUGGGAGGGGAGUUCUGUGAGCUUGAGGUCUUUGCCAAAGUCCUCCGAGCCUCUGACAAAAGGCACCUCCUACACCACUGUUUCCAGGCACUAAUGGACCAUGGCGUGAAAGUGGCAUCAAUCCUGGCAAACUCCUUCAGCCGUAGAUGCUCGUACAUUGCCGAGUCAGACACUCACGUUAAAGAGAAGGCCAUCCAAUUUGGCUUUGUUUUAGGUGGCUUUCUGUCAGAUGCUGGUUGGUACGGGGACGCAGAGAAGGUCUUCCUCUCAUGUCUGCAGUUGUGUAUGUUACAUGAUGAGAUUCUGCACUGGUAUCGUGCACUGGAGUGCUGUGUGAGGUUGCUUCAUGUGCGCAACGGCAACUGCAAAUAUCACCUGGGAGAGGAGACGUUCAAACUGGCCCAGUCGUACAUGGACAAGUUAGCCAAACAUGGUCACCAUGCCAACAAGGCUGCCCUUUACGGAGAGCUGUGCGCUCUGCUCUUUGCCAAAAGCCACUAUGAUGAGGCAUACCGCUGGUGUAUAGAGGCCAUGAAGGAGAUCACUGUUGGCCUGCCUGUCAAGGUGGUGGUCGAUGUCCUGAGACAAGCCUCAAAGGCAUGUGUUGUUAAAAGGGAGUUCAGGAAAGCUGAGCAGCUGAUAAAACAUGCAGUAUUUCUGGCACGGGAACAUUUUGGACACAAGCACCCAAAGUACUCUGAUACGCUGCUGGAUUAUGGAUUUUAUCUUCUGAAUGUAGAUAACAUUUGCCAGUCUGUCGCCAUAUAUCAGACUGCCCUAGAUAUUCGGCAGUCUGUGUUUGGAGGGAAAAAUAUCCAUGUGGCCACGGCACAUGAAGACCUCGCAUACUCCUCUUAUGUGCACCAGUACAGCUCUGGAAAAUUUGACAAUGCACUCUUUCAUGCAGAACGGGCCAUAGACAUCAUAACUCACAUUCUCCCUGAGGAUCAUCUACUACUGGCCUCUUCCAAGAGGGUGAAAGCACUAAUCCUGGAGGAAAUUGCCAUAGACUGCCACAAUAAAGAAACGGAAGAGCGGCUUCUGCAGGAGGCCCAUGACCUGCACCUCUCCUCCCUCCAGCUGGCUAAAAAAGCCUUUGGAGAGUUUAAUGUCCAGACAGCGAAACAUUAUGGCAACCUGGGCCGUCUCUACCAGUCUAUGCGCAAGUUCAAGGAGGCCGAGGAGAUGCACAUCAAGGCCAUCCAGAUUAAAGAGCAGUUACUGGGACAGGAGGACUAUGAGGUGGCUCUGUCUGUGGGACACCUGGCCUCCCUUUACAACUACGACAUGAACCAGUACGAUGACGCCGAACGGCUCUAUCUCCGCUCCAUCGCCAUUGGUAAGAAGCUGUUUGGAGAGGGCUACAGUGGACUCGAGUAUGACUACAGAGGCUUGAUUAAGCUUUACAACUCUGUGGGGAAUUAUGAGAAGGUGUUUGAGUACCACAACAUCCUGUCCAACUGGAACCGUUUGAGAGACAGGCAGUUUGCGGUGGCUGACGCCCUAGAAGACGUCAACACCAGCCCCCAGGCCACGGACGAAGUGGUGCAGUCCUUCCUGCUGUCAAAUAGCCACGCUGUAGGACGUUCCUGUAUGGGUUAAAUUACAGGACCUUGUGGUCUUCAUUCCACACACUCCUAAUUCACUCACCUGCAUUCUCACACAUCCUCAUCCGGAUUUAUUUACACCUAAUCACACUGAGUCGCGAGAGGGACUGGAUCUUCAAGGUGCAAGGUCACCCAUGUAAGCAAGUCCCACAGCCCUGUUAUUCACAUGAGCCCUGGUGAUGGCAUGGCAUCUCUACCAAUGCAAUCAGAACUCUUGCGGUGGAAAAGCCACCUUUUGAUGGCACCAAGCUCACGUUCCUAUAAUGGAAUUUUAGACUUCAGAGGACCGGAUUAUUUAUCUGACUUGCUUAAAAAAAAAAAAAAGCGAGACGCGCAUCCUAUUAGUUUUACAGGUUGAAAUAUAAAAUGUGUGGUUUGUGUGUUUUUUUUUUUUUUUUUUUUUUUGGGGGGGGG